AUGCAGAACUCGUCGGCCUUGGGCGAUGCAUGCGAUUGGAUUCCUCAAAUGAUCAUGCAUAAGCUGUCAGGCAGUACUGAGAGAAUCGACUUUCUGCAUUUUGCUACUGUGGCUGCGAGGGCGGCUCUAUCUCUGCCAGCGAAAAUUGAAGAUGAACUUGAAAAGACACGAGAAAAAGGCACCAGACAUUUGAACCUCGAGACAUACGCAGGCCACUAUUGGAACACUCUUUACAAUUUCCGCAUCGACGUCAGCGUCUGGAAUGGCCGUCUCUACAUGACUUUUCAAGGUACCGUGAACGAGACUUAUGAGCUCAGGCACUAUCAUCACCAUUCAUGGACAUGGAAUAUGUCACAUGAUGAGACUGCGAAGCAAGGGCGAUAUCCAACUAGACCCUGGAUAUCGUACAUAGUCGAGUUCGAUUGCGGGGAGAAUGAAGAGGCUCAGGCGUUGCUCUGGAAGUAUGAUGAGGAACACCCAGAGCCGGGUGUCUUCGUAUUAGAGGAAGGGUCACGCCGAGCUGAAGAUAGAAAUUGA